AUGGCGGCGGUGACCUUGUCCGUGCCCCGGCGGAAGGCAGCCCCCAGGCCCGGCCCAGUGCCCGAGGCCGCCCAGUCGUACCUGUUCGCGCCCAGUGGGUCGGGCGUGGGUGGCUCGCCGGGGGGCGGCGGCACCUCGCCGCAGGUGGAGUGGACGGCGCGGCGCCUGGUGUGGGUGCCCUCGGAGCUGCACGGGUUCGAGGCGGCGGCGCUGCGCAAUGAGGGCGAGGAGGAGGCCGAGGUGGAGCUGGCGGAGAGCGGGCGCAGGCUGCGGCUGCCGCGGGACCAGAUUCAGCGCAUGAACCCGCCCAAGUUCAGCAAGGCGGAGGACAUGGCCGAGCUCACCUGCCUCAACGAGGCCUCCGUGCUGCACAAUCUCCGUGAGCGGUACUACUCGGGCCUCAUCUACACAUACUCUGGCCUUUUCUGUGUGGUCAUCAAUCCAUACAAGCAGCUUCCCAUCUAUACGGAGGCCAUUGUGGAGAUGUACCGGGGCAAGAAACGCCAUGAAGUGCCACCCCACGUGUAUGCAGUGACUGAGGGGGCCUACCGAAGCAUGCUCCAGGAUCGUGAAGAUCAGUCCAUUCUCUGCACCGGGGAAUCUGGGGCUGGGAAGACAGAAAACACCAAGAAGGUCAUCCAGUAUCUCGCCCACGUGGCAUCAUCACCAAAGGGCAGGAAGGAGCCAGGUGUACCGGCUGCCAGCACCUUGUCUUAUGGUGAGCUGGAGCGGCAGCUUCUCCAGGCCAACCCCAUCCUGGAGGCCUUUGGCAAUGCCAAGACCGUGAAGAAUGACAACUCCUCCCGAUUUGGCAAAUUCAUCCGCAUCAACUUCGAUGUGGCUGGGUACAUCGUGGGUGCCAACAUCGAGACCUACCUGCUGGAGAAGUCGCGGGCCAUCCGCCAGGCCAAGGACGAGUGCAGCUUCCACAUUUUCUACCAGCUGCUGGGAGGCGCAGGGGAGCAGCUCAAAGCUGACCUCCUUCUGGAGCCUUGCUCCCACUACCGCUUCCUGACCAACGGGCCAUCUUCAUCUCCCAGCCAGGAGCGGGAGCUCUUCCACGAGACACUGGAGUCCCUGAAGGUCCUGGGAUUCACCCCAGACGAAAUCACCUCCAUGCUACGGAUAGUCUCAGCCGUUCUUCAGUUUGGCAACAUCGUCCUGAAGAGAGAACGGAACAACGAUCAAGCCUCCAUGCCUGACAACACAGCUGCACAGAAGCUCUGCCGUCUCCUGGGACUAGGGGUGACGGACUUCUCCCGCGCCCUGCUCAGCCCCCGCAUCAAAGUUGGCCGAGACUACGUGCAGAAGGCUCAGACCAAGGAACAGGCUGACUUUGCGCUGGAGGCCCUGGCCAAGGCCACCUACGAGCGCCUCUUCCGCUGGCUGGUCCUGCGCCUCAACCGUGCCUUGGAUCGCAGUCCCCGCCAGGGCGCCUCCUUCCUGGGCAUCCUGGACAUCGCCGGCUUUGAGAUCUUCCAGCUGAACUCCUUCGAGCAGCUCUGCAUCAACUACACCAACGAGAAACUGCAGCAGCUCUUCAACCACACCAUGUUCAUCCUGGAGCAGGAGGAGUACCAGCGCGAGGGCAUCCCCUGGACCUUCCUCGACUUUGGCCUCGACCUGCAGCCCUGCAUCGACCUCAUCGAGCGGCCGGCUAACCCCCCUGGGCUCCUGGCCCUGCUGGACGAGGAGUGCUGGUUCCCAAAGGCCACGGACAAGUCCUUUGUAGAGAAGGUGGCCCAGGAGCAAGGAGGCCACCCCAAGUUCCAGCGGCCAAGGAACCUGCGGGACCAGGCUGACUUCAGCGUCCUGCACUAUGCGGGCAAGGUCGACUACAAGGCCAAUGAGUGGCUGAUGAAAAACAUGGACCCUCUGAAUGACAGCGUGGCAGCCCUGCUUCACCUGAGCACGGACAAGCUAACGGCGGAGAUCUGGAAAGACGAACACGGGGGUUUCCAGCAAUUCUCUUUCCUUGGCUCCUUCCCACCGUCGCCCCCAGGAUCUUCAGGGAGCCGAGGCUCUGCCAUUUCUCCGUCAGGGGUGGAGGGCAUCGUGGGGCUGGAGCAGGUGAGCAGCCUUGGGGAUGGCCCACCGGGUGGCCGCCCCCGCCGGGGCAUGUUCCGAACGGUGGGACAGCUCUACAAGGAGUCCCUGAGCCGCCUCAUGGCCACACUCAGCAACACCAACCCCAGCUUCGUCCGCUGUAUCGUUCCCAACCAUGAGAAGAGGGCCGGCAAGCUGGAGCCUCGGCUGGUGCUGGACCAGCUGCGCUGCAACGGCGUCCUGGAGGGCAUCCGCAUCUGUCGCCAGGGCUUCCCCAACCGCAUCCUCUUCCAGGAGUUCCGGCAGCGAUACGAGAUCCUGACGCCCAAUGCCAUCCCCAAGGGCUUUAUGGAUGGGAAACAGGCCUGCGAGAAGAUGAUCAAGGCCCUAGAACUGGACCCCAACCUCUACCGUGUGGGACAGAGCAAGAUCUUCUUCCGGGCAGGGGUCCUGGCCCAGCUGGAAGAGGAGCGGGACCUGAAGGUCACAGACAUCAUCGUGUCCUUCCAGGCAGCUGCCCGGGGGUACUUAGCUCGCAGAGCCUUCCAGAAGCGACAGCAGCAGCAGAGUGCCCUGAGGGUGAUGCAGAGGAACUGUGCCGCUUACCUCAAGCUGAGACACUGGCAGUGGUGGCGGCUCUUCAUCAAGGUGAAGCCGCUGCUGCAGGUGACGCGGCAGGAUGAGGUGCUGCAGGCGCGGGUGCAGGAGCUACAGAAAGUGCAGGAGCUGCAGCAGCAGAGUGCCCGCGAGGUGGGCGAGCUCCAGGGCCGCCUGGCACAGCUGGAAGAGGAGCGCACCCGCCUGGCAGAGCAACUCCGAGCAGAGGCAGAGCUGUGUGCGGAGGCUGAAGAGACGCGGGGCCGGCUGGCAGCUCGCAAGCAGGAGCUGGAGCUGGUAGUGGCAGAGCUGGAGGCCCGCGUGGGUGAGGAGGAGGAGUGCAGCCGCCAGCUGCAGAGUGACAAGAAGAGGCUGCAGCAGCAUAUACAGGAGCUGGAGAACCACCUUGAGGCCGAGGAGGGGGCGCGGCAGAAGCUGCAGCUGGAGAAGGUGACCACAGAGGCGAAGCUGAAGAAAUUUGAGGAAGACCUGCUACUCUUAGAAGAUCAGAAUGCCAAGCUGAGCAAGGAGCGGAAACUGCUGGAGGAGCGUCUGGCCGAGUUCUCGUCACAGGCGGCCGAGGAGGAGGAGAAGGUCAAGAGCCUCAAUAAGCUUCGACUCAAAUACGAGGCCACGAUUGUGGACAUGGAGGACCGCCUCCGGAAGGAGGAGAAGGGCCGCCAGGAGCUGGAGAAGCUGAAGCGGCGGCUGGACGGGGAGAGCUCGGAGCUGCAGGAGCAGAUGGCGGAGCAGCAGCAGCGCGGGGAGGAGCUGCGCACCCAGCUGGGCCGCAAGGAGGAGGAGCUGCAGGCGGCCCUGGCCAGGGUGGAGGAGGAGGGCGGUGCCCGGGCCCUGCUGCUGAAAUCCCUGCGGGAGGCACAAGCAGGACUGGCUGAGGCCCAGGAGGACCUGGAGGCCGAGCGGGCGGCCAGAGCCAAGGCAGAGAAGCAGCGCAGGGACCUGGGCGAGGAGCUGGAAGCGCUACGGAGCGAGCUGGAGGACACGCUAGACUCCACCAACGCGCAGCAGGAGCUCCGGUCCAAGAGGGAACAGGAGGUGACAGAGUUGAAGAAGGCUCUGGAAGAGGAGACGCGUGUUCACGAAGUGGCAGUGCAGGAGCUGAGGCAGCGCCACGGCCAGGCUCUGGGCGAGCUGACGGAGCAGCUGGAACAGGCCCGGAGGAGCAAAGGUACCUGGGAGAAGACCCGGUUGGCCCUGGAGACCGAAGUGUCUGAGCUGCGGUCGGAGCUGAGCAGCCUGCAGGCCUCACGUCAUGAGGGCGAGCAGCGGAGACGCCGCCUGGAGUCCCAGCUGCAGGAGGUGCAGGGCCGGGCUGGUGACGGGGAGCGGGCUCGAGCGGAGGCUACUGAGAAGCUUCAGCGAGUCCAGGCUGAACUGGAGAACGUGUCUGGGGCCCUGAGUGAGGCCGAGUCCAGAGCCAUCAGGCUGAGCAAGGAGCUGAGCAGCUCGGAGGCCCAGCUACACGACGCCCAGGAGAUGCUGCAGGAAGAGAACAGGGCGAAGCUGGCCUUGGGGUCAAGGGCGCGAACCCUGGAGGCUGAGGUGGCCGGGCUGCGGGAGCAGCUGGAGGAGGAGGGGGCCGCCAGGGAGCGGGCAGGCCGCGAGCUGCAGACUGCCCAGGCCCAGCUGUCAGAGUGGCGGAGGCGCCAGGAGGAGGAGGCAGGGGCACUAGAAGCUGGGGAGGAGGCGCGGCGCCGGGCAGCCCGCGAGGCCGAGGCCCUGGCCCAGCGCCUGGCAGAAAAGACCGAGGCGGUGGAGCGGCUGGAGCGGGGCCGCCGGCAGCUGGGGCAGGAGUUGGACGAUGCCAUCAUGGACCUGGAGCAGCAGCGGCAGCUCGUGAGCACGCUGGAGAAGAAGCAGCGCAAGUUCGACCAGCUCCUGGCAGAGGAGAAGGCAGCUGUACUGCGGGCGGUGGAGGAACGUGAGCGGGUCGAGGCGGAGGGCCGGGAGCGCGAGGCUCGGGCCCUGUCACUGACUCGGGCGCUGGAGGAGGAGCAGGAAGCACGUGAGGAGCUGGAGCGGCAGAACCGGGCCCUGCGGGCAGAGAUGGAAGCCCUGCUGAGCAGCAAGGAUGAUGCCGGCAAGACCGCGCAUGAGCAGGAGCGAUCCCGCCGGGCGGCAGAACAGAUAGCCAGCGACCUGCAAGCGCAGGUGACGGAGCUGGAGGACGAGCUGACGGCAGCCGAGGACGCCAAGCUGCGCUUGGAAGUGACCCUGCAGGCUCUCAAGGCACAGCACGAGCGUGACCUGCAGAGCCGAGAUGAGGCUGGCGAGGAGAGGCGGCGGCAGCUGGCCAAGCAGCUGAGGGAUGCGGAGGUGGAUCGGGACGAGGAGCGCAAGCAGCGCGCCCUGGCCGUGGCCGCCCGCCAGAAGCUGGAGGCGGAGCUGGAGGACUUGAGAGCCCGGAACUCGGCCGCCGCGCAGGGCAAGGAGGAGGCGGUGAAGCAGCUCCGCAAGAUGCAGGCCCAGAUGAAGGAGCUGUGGCGGGAGGUGGAAGAGUCGCGCAGCUCCCGGGAGGAAAUCUUUACCCAGAACCGGGAGAAUGAGAAGCGCCUCAAGGCGCUGGAGGCGGAGGUGCUGCGACUGCAGGAGGAACUGGCCGCCUCUGAUCGUGCCCGGCGGCAAAUCCAGCAGGAGCGGGACGAGAUGGCAGACGAGUUGGCCAAUGGCAGCCUUAGCAAGGCAGCCAUUCUGGAGGAGAAGCGGCAGCUGGAGGGACGCCUGGGGCAAAUGGAAGAGGAGCUGGAGGAGGAGCAGAGCAACUCAGAGCUACUCAAUGAUCGCUACCGCAAGUUGCUCCUGCAGGUGGAAUCACUGACUACAGAGCUGUCAGCUGAGCGAAGUUUCUCGGCCAAGGCAGAGAGCGGGCGACAGCAGCUGGAGCGGCAGAUACAGGAGCUCCGGGGGCGCCUGGGUGAGGAGGACGCUGGGGCCCGGGCCCGCCAGAAGAUGAUCAUUGCCGCCCUUGAGUCUAAGCUGGCCCAGGCUGAGGAGCAGCUGGAGCAGGAGAGCAGGGAGCGCAUCCUCUCCGGCAAGCUGGUGCGCAGGGCCGAGAAGCGCCUUAAGGAAGUGGUGCUCCAGGUGGAGGAGGAGCGGAGGGUGGCUGACCAGCUCCGGGACCAGCUGGAGAAGGGCAACCUUCGGGUGAAGCAGCUGAAGCGGCAGCUGGAAGAAGCUGAGGAGGAGGCGUCCCGGGCUCAGUCAGUCCGCCGGAGGCUGCAGCACGAGCUGGAAGAUGUCACAGAGGCCUCGGAGUCCAUGAACCGCGAGUUGAACACGCUGAGGAACCGGCUCCGGCGCGGCCCCCUCACCUUCACCACCCGCACAGUGCGCCAGGUCUUCCGACUGGAGGAGAACGUGGUCUCGGAAGAGGAGGCCGAGGAGGCGGAGCCUGGGGCUGGGCCGCCACCCCCGGAGCCUGAUGGGCCGCCGGUGUCCCAGCCCCAGUGACACCAUCCUGUCCCCAGCCAUGGCCCCUCCCUCCCUGGCCCCUCGAUGCUCCAGUCCCAGGAACCCUCCCUCCGGCUUCUUGCACUUUGGAAAUGGUGCCACCCUCUGGCACUACAGCACUUACCAACCCCAUGGUGGGGGGGCGGGGGUGCUGAGACCUCCUGUGAACCCCUAAACACAGA